CUCGAGGAGUUCACUCCUGUGUUCUUCAGGAUCUUCAAGGCAGAGGCUAAUCAUGUGGUUCUUAUGUGCUCUGAUGCAAGAAGCUCAUCUUUGAAAGAUGGAUUAUACAAGCCGACAUUUGCGGGUUUCGUCGACAUCGAUUUGUCGAGUAAAAAGCUCUCAUUAAGAAGCUUGAUUGAUCACUCGGUGAUAGAGAGCUUUGGUGGGGGAGGAAAAACAUGCAUAACUUCGAGGGUAUACCCAACAAAGGCGGUGUUUGGGGAUGCUCAUUUGCAUGUUUUCAACAAUGGAACAGAGUCUAUCACGGUGGAGUAUUUAAGUGCUUGGAGUAUGAGAAGUGCUCGGGUGAACUAAGUCAUUUUUAAGUUGGAACAGCU